UAGAUAUCAUUUAAGUUUCUUAUAAAAUUCUAUAAAAAAAAUAUUUCUAAAGAAUUUGUUUAAAAAAGUUUUAAUUUGUUUUCGAAAAAAAAGAAUCUGAAAAACAUCAACCAUGUUUACCACAGCCUGCUUUACAAUUGGAUUACUAUUCCUGGCUUUAUGCUCACUUACCCAGAGUCACCUCAAUGUAUAUCUUAAUCUGCAUGAGGUUAUGCGUCUUAUAGGUGUUUCGGCGGAAUUAUACUAUGUACGCGAAGGACAAGUCAAUGAUUAUGCUUUAAAUUUUGCGGUGCCGGUGCCGGCAAACAUUAACGAAAUAUCAUUUACCUGGCAAAGCCUGGCACAUAAUCCCCUGCCAUACAGUCUCAACAUAAUCACUUCGGAUCCGUCUGUGCUGCCGCGUCCAACGGUAAACAUAUCACGUAUUGGCGAGAUACCAUUGGAACCGCAGACAUUUGCCAUUGGCAUGAAGUGUUCGGGGGUGCGUGAUGCUGAAGUUGAGGUGACCAUUGCCGUUGAAAUCAUACUCGACCAGCAGACCAACAACAUUACGGAUUUGGUAUUUAGACGUAAGAAAAUUUGUUUAGCCGACUUACACGAGGACAACACCAACAGCAAUCAUCAGGUUAACAAUGAGCCCUACAGUACGGGAGAACAUGAGCAGAAAUUCGCUGGCAUCGGUGGUGGUGGAGUUGGCAAUAAUGGUUUUAUGCAUGACACAUCAUCUGUGGUUGACACAGCACACGAACAAAAUCGCAUUGAAGAGCACUCGGCUGAGGAAAAUAAUCAUAAUCAUCCACGUAACCGGAAUAGCAUCAUAAACCAAAAUAACAACAACAGACAUAAUAAAGAAGAAAUGCCGGUGGGUAUUAUGAAUGAAUUCGAUCCCAUGCUAAAGGAGACAAUAGCACCACCCACUGGUGGCCUGAUAACAUUAAUAAUUGGUGUCAUUUUGGCUUUAAUCUUGGUCACCACUCUCAUAUUGAUUGCUUACUGUGCCAAGGGACCCACCAAACGGCCCAAUCAUGGUGUCCAUCUUAUAAAAACUGCCAGUUUCCAGCGUCUGCCCACCAUAUCUUCCACCGCUCACAAUUCCAUUUACGCCUGUCCCUCCACCAUCACACCCACCUAUGCCACCCUGACAAGACCCUUCCGUGAAUACGAACACGAACCAGAAGAGUUUAAUCGCCGUCUCAAUGAAUUGAACGUGCAAAAGUGUCGUGUCCGUUUAUCGUGUUUGGUACAGGAAGGCACUUAUGGUCGCAUCUAUCGUGGCACCUACAAUGACUGUCAAGAUGUUUUGGUUAAAACGGUUGCCCAACAUGCCAAUCAAAUGCAAGUUACCCUACUGCUGCAGGAGGGUAUGAUGCUGUACGAGGCUUCCCAUCCAAAUGUUCUCUCCAUAUUGGGUGUUUCGAUUGAGGAUUAUACCACACCAUUCGUUCUCUAUUCUGCUGGCAAGAAUACACGGAAUUUGAAGUUGUUUUUGCAGGAGCCAACGUAUGCGCGCAGUGUUACCACAAUACAGACGGUUUUAAUGUCCUCCCAGUUGGCCAUGGCAAUGGAGCAUUUGCAUAAUCAUGGUGUGAUACAUAAAGAUAUUGCUGCUAGGAAUUGUGUCAUUGAUGAUCAACUACGCGUUAAACUGUGUGACAGUUCCUUGAGCCGUGAUCUAUUCCCCGUUGACUAUCAUUGUCUGGGCGAUGGUGAAAAUCGUCCGAUCAAAUGGAUGUCGCUGGAGGCGAUACAAAAGAAACAUUUCAACGAGGGCAGCGAUGUUUGGUCGUUUGGUGUUCUCAUGUGGGAGAUGUGUACGUUAGCAAAAAUGCCUUAUGCUGAAAUUGAUCCAUAUGAAAUGGAACACUAUCUAAAGGAUGGCUAUCGAUUGGCACAACCCAUCAAUUGUCCCGAUGAAUUAUUCAAUAUAAUGGCUUAUUGUUGGGCCUCUUUACCCACAGAACGACCCUCAUUCAGUCAGCUGCAAGUUUGUCUCUCGGAAUUCCACACACAAAUUACACGCUAUGUGUAAACCACCAGUUUUGCCCUUUACUGUUAAACUAUUUUAUUUUUAAUUUAAUUAAAUUUCUUUUUUUAGUGUAUACAAAGUUU